AUGGGUCAUUCGGCCUCACACUAUGAUGGUGCCUUUGGAAAUGAAGAAACUUCGGAAAGGAGUUCCUCUCCAGGCUUUACUCUUUGCAAACCAGACGCACAAUAUUCCUGGAAAGAAGAUACUAUUUCAUCUCAAAACCAUCCUUGCAAAGAAGAAUUACCUUAUUCUUUCGAUUCCACAUUUGUAAACUGUCGAUACGUUGCUUCUUCAUCCUCGACGGUGUCACCUACUUCCACUUCAGUAUCAAGCUGCGCCAUCACAGCUUCUCCAUCUAAAUAUUCUGCUGCAUCCCAGAUAACGUCGUCGCCAGUUCCUGGAUCUCCUAAGGAUCAUGAUGACACACUGGCCAACCUACCACGCCGUCCUAACCUCCAACUGCCUACCAAUAAAAAUAUAUAUAAGACUUUUAUUGAUCAUGGUUGCGAUCUCGACGAGGAAGACUAUCCGACAUACCCAAACGAAACCACAAAGAAAAAGGAUUGGAUUACAAGAAGGUAUUACUGUUUGGGUGUCAUCAAAUGCACCAACAGCAAUUGUCCUUUGGCUGGCUCUCCACCAACUUCGGGCAAAAAAUUAGCCGAGAUUUCAGAAGGAGUUAAAAAUUGUCCCAUAUCUACAUGCGAUGGCUAUCAACAACAUGUGAAAUGUGACGCCAAAUGUCGUAUUGAUACCAAGUUAGAUGCUCAAGAGAAGGAAGGCUGGGCUUUACUUCGUCACCAAGGUACUCAUUAUCAUGAGUGGCCCGAGGCCAAGAAGGCCAAUCCUAUCUCAAAAGAUAAGUUGAAGGAGCGUGUCAUCAAUGACACAAAGACAGGGCCUAUAGGAUUAAAGGUCGGACAGGCGCAUUGUCUUUGCACCAUGAUGGAUUGGUCAAGGAAAGGACUCAUUGUUGUUUCUUCUUCCAUUUCUGGGGCUGACGCGCACAUCUCAUUCCAAACUCCUUGGAUGGCGGAGGUGUUGGUCGAACCCGAUGACCGAUCAGACACCUAUACCGGUGGUCUUCUCUCUGACAUAACUUAUCGAUUUUUUAAAAUGGGUUAUCUAUUAACAACUUCAAAGUAUUGUGAAACCAUCAAGCGAUGGGUGCCCGUCUUGUUCACAUGGCUUGGCGGCCUUGAGGCGCUACACUACAAGAUACACUUCAAAAACUUACUGCAACAAAUUCAAAAAACUAACAUGUCAGAGAAGAGUAAAAAUAUGAUGGUAGAACAAGUUGUAGAUUUUUCACUAGCUCAAAAAGUCGGAUUUCAAGAAGCCUACAUGGAAGUUUUUAAUUGCAACAAUAAGAACACAGCUUUAUCUAAGUUACAUGGAUGUGAAUGGCAUUUUCUGCAGGCCGUUACACGUAUUAAGAAGAAUCAUAAGAUUGUCAAGUUAAAACAGGUGGAAUUGCGGCGAUUAUUCCCACUGGCCAAGAAAUGGAUCGAAUGGUGGAGUGCAGCAGACAUCCAAUCCAUGCUUUUCCCUGCCCGAAAACGAAAACCUCUUGAUGAUCCACCCUUGCCUGGCGAAGAAAGUGAUGACGAAUCUGAUGGACCUCGAAGACGGGCGGAUUUACCUUCAACCACGAAUGGACAGGAAUCCAUGCAUCGCGUGUAUUACAUCUUGUGUGGUGGUUAUGCGUAUUUAGUGAUGGUAAAUGUGAGAUUAUACCGGGUAUAA